GCGGGCGGCGGAUCUGAGCUGCGCCAGCCUCCCUGCGGCUGCGACCGCCCGGCGCGCGCGGAGCUCUCCCGCUCACCCCGGCGCGCGGCUGCCCUGCACCGUCGGAGCGGGCGGAACCGGGCCUGCCUUUGGGGAUCGUCCAGUGCCCUCUCCGGGUCGGCGGGCAAUCAUCAGACUGACCGGCGGCAAGACGUCUGGCUUCCACCCCUCAACAAAAACGAUUCUUGUGCUAGCUGAUGAAAAUGGGGCCAUUAGGUGCAGAGGCUGAUGAGAACCAGACAGUGGAAGAAGUGAAAGUGGAUCAGUUCGGUCCAGGACACACCACUCCUCCAGGGGAGCUGGCCCCUGACUCUGAACCAGAGCUUAUAGACAGCACCAAGCUGAUUGAGGUGCAGGUUGUCCUUAUAUUGGCCUACUGUUCCAUCAUCUUGCUUGGGGUGAUUGGCAAUUCCUUGGUGAUCCAUGUGGUGAUCAAAUUCAAGAGCAUGCGCACGGUGACCAACUUCUUCAUUGCCAAUCUGGCUGUGGCGGAUCUUCUGGUGAAUACCCUGUGCUUGCCAUUUACACUCACCUACACCUUGAUGGGGGAGUGGAAAAUGGGUCCUGCCCUCUGCCACCUGGUGCCAUAUGCCCAGGGUCUGGCCGUGCAAGUGUCCACCAUCACCUUGACAGUGAUUGCCCUGGACCGGCAUCGUUGCAUUGUCUACCACCUCGAGAGCAAGAUUUCCAAGCAAAUCAGUUUCUUGAUUAUUGGCUUGGCCUGGGGUGUCAGCGCCCUGCUAGCAAGCCCCCUGGCCAUCUUCCGGGAGUAUUCACUGAUUGAGAUUAUUCCUGACUUUGAGAUUGUGGCCUGUACUGAGAAGUGGCCUGGAGAGGAGAAGGGCAUCUAUGGCACUGUCUACAGUCUUUCGUCCUUACUAAUCCUGUAUGUUUUGCCUCUGGGCAUCAUCUCUUUUUCCUACACUCGUAUCUGGAGUAAACUUAAGAACCAUGUCAGUCCUGGAGCUGCUCAUGACCACUACCAUCAGCGGAGGCGAAAAACCACCAAAAUGCUGGUGUGUGUGGUGGUGGUGUUUGCGGUCAGCUGGUUGCCCCUCCAUGCUUUCCAACUUGCUGUUGACAUCGACAGCCACGUCUUGGACCUGAAGGAAUACAAACUCAUCUUCACUGUGUUCCACAUCAUUGCCAUGUGCUCCACCUUUGCCAAUCCCCUUCUCUACGGCUGGAUGAACAGCAACUAUAGAAAGGCUUUCCUCUCAGCGUUUCGCUGUGAGCAGAGGUUGGACGCCAUUCACUCUGAGGUAUCUGUGACGUUCAAGGCUAAAAAGCACCUGCAAGUCGCAAAGAAUAAUGGCCCCAAUGAUUCUUUCACAGAGGCUACCAACGUCUAAGGCAACAACAUGUGAAAAUCCAUGGGUGAAUUCUGACCAGAGCUGUAAACCUGGUUUAGGAGAGCACACAGGUGCGUCCUCAUUUUCCAUUUUAAGGAAGCGUUUGAUUGGAAGCAUAUGCAGUAUAAUUCAUGGAAAACUGGCUGGCAGAGUCUAAUAAAAACAUUCAAAUUCAAAGACAAGGCAACAUAACAGUUUGCUUAUGGUAGGUUGAAUCAUGAGUAAAAGCAGAGAAAUGGUUUUGACUGUUUCCAAGAGUGAAGGAAACACGAGCAAGGAAUUGAUGCUAGCAGCAGUGCCAAAAGAUGUGGGUAAAAAAAACAGCUGACUUUCAAAUCACAUUAGCGAAUAGGUUGGGGAUGAUGUAUAAUUCACUGUUCCCCCCUCAUCUGAUGGAAAGUCUACCAGCAUCAGUUUCCCUAGAAAGGCAUAGCCUCUUCUCUGUUGUAUUUUGGCUUUUUGUUAUUCUUUCUAUGGUCUAAAACCAUCAGAGAACACUGCAGGUAAAUGUUACCAACUAUUUGGAUGACUUCAAGGAAAUAAACUGAAAUUUUCUGUGUGAUUAGCGUUUUUGAUAAAUGAUAUGGGAAAUAUUUACCAUUCAGUUAGCCAGUUUUUUUUUUUAAACCAAAUGCACUUUUAACUAAAACUUUCUUCAACUUAGAAUUGAAGGCUGAAAUUCUCAGAGAAAUAUAAACUUUCAUUUAACUUCUCAUUACAAAUUAUCUCUGCUUUAUAUAGUUACUAUCUGGAUAACAAAUAAGGAUGCAAUGCAAUAUGUUUAAUCAUUGCCAAUUGUUAUAACUCUUUGAACAAAUUAUUUCUGUAUUGAAGCUGAGCUUGUCUUCACUGAGAAUUAAAUCAGGUUAGGAAAUAGUUUUGUGGCAUUUUGUAAAAUUUUGUGCUUAUUUGUAAGCAGGUUUUGCAUUGCUACAUAGGUGUAAUGUGUUCACUGCUGUGUUAUUAUUUUUUAAAAAAUUCAUCUUCCAUGGACCCAUUCAUGAUUCAUAAAAAAAAAUAAUUUCAUCAAAAUGAACCUAUCUGAUAAGAACAACUAAAAACAUUACAUGCAUUCCACUUUGGAAAUGUUCAAUUUGGACCAAUUUCAACAUAAAUUAUCCUUCUUUUGAAAUAAUUAGCUAUAUUUUUUGAUAACUUAGGAAUAUAUACAUAAUACAAUUUUACCUAUAAACAGUAGAACAUAGAUGCUAUAGUUCUUUUCUUUUAAUGAUUUUGUGAAUGCAAUUUUUAUUUCGAUAUUAUCCAACCAAAGAUGUUAAAACACUAUUAUGUUUGUAAAAAAUAAUUGAGAUGUUAAAAUAACUGAACUUUGGAUGGUAUUAAUGAAAUUUCAUCAUAAAC